AGUGUGUUCAGACAGCUAGGAGGCAACACAGCACCACCGCUACUUGUUCGUCUCCACGGAUCUUAGGAUACUAUAAUUUCCCCCGGGACUACUUGUGCUACGACGCCCCACGGUUUACCCAGCGGUCAUCCAUCCACCAUGAUAACAGGGCAAGAGAAGCGGGCAGCACCGACCAGGGGUUUCACCGUCAGAGACCUUCUACAGCUUCACGACGCCCCCACACCUUGCCCAGAUGUGGUGGAGGACGACCCACCGCCAGAGGGCCCUGGCAGCCCCCCUGGAGGCCACGACCCCCAGAGCACCGUCCAGGCCGCCGCGGACUCCACGGAACAGGCGGCCGCGGCCCUCACGCCUCCUGACGAGGACAUGGAGGCUCUGGAGGUGGACGACUGUACCGAGGAGGACAUGGAGGCCACGGGGCGUAAGAGGAAGCGACGGAUCCUCUUCAGUAAAGCUCAGACGUAUGAACUUGAGCGACGUUUCCGCCAGCAGCGUUACCUGUCGGCACCUGAGAGGGAACACCUGGCCUCGCUGCUGGACCUCACGCCCACGCAGAUCAAGAUAUGGUUCCAGAAUCAUCGCUACAAGACCAAGAAGAUGAUCCGGGAGCGGGGUCUUGACGGUCCCCUGCCGCCCCUGGGCUCCAGUUUAGGGUCGUUCUCACAGUCCCUGAGGUGCCUGGCGCCCAUGGCCGCCCUCACCCGCACAGACACCACCAUCACCUCCCCCGCCCACAGACUACCUGACUACCUCCUGCCGGGGGAUAGGCUGCCGGGUCUGGAGUGUCACGCCCCACCACUUCUGCCCCUGGGGCUGCAUCACGCUCAGUUCCCAGGACUGUUGCCCUUCCUGCCGGUGUGUCCCUUCCCUCCUCCGUCCUUAUCCACCUCCUCCCUCCUCGCCCAGGCCAGCAACCCCCUCCGCACCUCCCUCACCUCCUCCAUCACUUCGGCCACCUCUUCCCUCUCUUCCUCCACCUCGCCCUUCGUGUCCCCGACGUCGACGUCUGCUGUAGAAGCGGCCACACUGUGUACCACGACAAGAAGCGCCGGGGAGGCCAACCAGGACCUGACCAGAGUGUUGUCGAUGUCACGCCCCGGCUCCCUCAGGGCUGAGGGCGUCUGCUGGUGAACCACGACCCUGGAGGAGUGAUUCGCUGAUUCACUACACACCUGGUGACUCUACACCACUGGUGACUCUACACCACUGGUGACUAUACCACUGGUGACUCUCCACCCCAAUGGUGACGGACAGGAGGAAAAUGAUGAAAUGUGACCCUCACAAUUAACAUAAUUAUGGAGAAAACUGGUGAUCAGAUGUGACUGUUGAUCAAGGUAAAUACUGAUCACGUGGUCCUCCUGGUGACUGGUGACAGGUGAGCUGUCUGAGUAACAAGGCCGCGAGCCAAUACUUGCAUCACCUGGUCAGUGUCAACAAACACCUGGUCAAUGUCAAUGUUCCUCGUGAGCUGAGAGUUUCCAGGUGAUAUGUGUGUGUGUGUGUGUGUGUGUGUGUGUGUGAGGUACGUGAGCUGGGAAGAGACUGGUCGAAGUUUGAAGCAAAGACAAACCUCACCAGCAAGUGACAUAAAACUCCUGACACAACGCUGAAACGACAAAUUAACGUUCGCCAGCCUUCUGCCUGCAGUGGCGUUCAUGGUUAGAUCACAGGGGUGUUAGGUGACCUCCAUGACCUGCAGAUCACGCUAAGAGGUCACCACAGGUCACACAUCACACCCACACUGUGAAGACAAAACCUUCACAAGCCGUCAACAGCAUCGCCAGUCAUUGGAGUGUACCACCUGACCUGACCACCUGGCCUCACCACCUGACCUAUAUCUACCAGCUGUCAGAACUUUUACCAUCUGUAAGAACCUCCACCACCUGUCAGAGCCAUCCAUCACCUCUCCACCAUCUGCGGGGACUUCUACAGCCACCUCACCAGUCACUACAGCCACCUCACCAGUCUCUACAGCCACCUCACCAGUCUCUACAGCCACCUCACCAGUCACUACAGCCACCUCACCAGUCUCUACAGCCACCUCACCAGUCUCUACAUCACUCUUCCACUCAGAAUGCUUCAGUCAUUCUGUAUCUGGAUAGGAUGAUCAUCUAGUGAGGGAGGAAGCACCACUACAUCACCACUACUACACCACUACAAGAGGGACCUACAGUAAUGAGGAAGACAUCACCACUACAGGCUCACCACCACAGGACGGAACCUACAGUACAGUAGUGAGGGGGGCACCACUACAGGACGGACCUACAGUACAGUAGUGAGGGGGGCACCACUACAGGACGGAACCUACAGUACAGUAGUGAAGGGGGCACCACUACAGGCUCAUCACUACAGGACGGACCUACAGUACAGUAGUGAAGGGGGCACCACUACAUCACUACAGGACAGACCUACAGUAGUGAGGGAGGCACAUCGCUCUACUGUAGUAUAUGUAUAGCAGACUGUAAGGCUCAUAGGCUAAUACAAACAAACUCAUCCAUUUUA